CGAGAAUCUGACUUUAACAGAAAUUUAUGUGUGGCGCGCCGUUCAAAUUUACCACACAUAGAAAGUCCGAUGACAUUCGGCUCGGGGAGCUGUCAAAAACUCGGCUACCAUCCAUCCCCUAUAAGACCUUCUACUAACGUAGCAGGAAUACUUUAAAUUUCAUCGGUGUGCGGUAGACCAUGUAUAAUCAAGGACAUACUGGAGUGACAUCGAGCGUUGACUCGCAUUCAGUACAUGCAAACGAGGAGGAGGGGCGCAGUAACACCGUAGGGUCAACAAUGGCUAUUCGCAACCCUAUCCUUCGCUGGUUAACGACAUUGGGCUCCGGUAUUAUUCUUGACAUUCGCGCCCGAGCACCCCAUUUCGCCAGCGACUGGACCGAUGCUUGGAAUUAUCGAGUUAUUCCGGCCACAGCGUUGAUAUUCUUCGCCAAUGUUCUUCCCGGAAUUGCUUUCUCUCUAGAUCUUAUAGAAACCACUGGACAGUAUGGCGUCGCCGAAGUUCUCAUCUCGUCCUUCAUGGCCGCAUUCAUUUUUUCCGUUUUCGGUGCUCAACCCCUCACGAUUGCAGGCGUCACCGGCCCCAUCACGGUGUUCAACAAGACGAUUUAUGACAUUAUAGAAAGACAGGCCGAUGCUCCGGUAUACCUUCAUUUUAUAGGAUGGGUUUACCUUUGGGCAGCUAUCAUCCAUUGGGUCACCGCGAUUCUCAACUGGUGUAAUUUCCUCAAAUACGUUACUCUCUUUUCCUGCGAUACUUUUGGCUUUUAUGUCUCCUGGGUGUACCUCCAAUAUGGCAUACAAGUCAUCACGAGGCAGUUCAAGGAUAGCACCUCAUCCUCUGUGCAAGGGACUUUCGUCUCCAUCAUCCUUGCUCUACUUAUGCUCGUGGUGUCUUUCUUAUUCCAAAUGCUCUCCGAUACGACAUUAUUCCAUCGCCAUGUUCGCCGUUUCUUAGCAGACUAUGGCAUGCCUAUCUCCUUGGUUGCAACUUCUGCCAUGGCGUACUGGGGGAGGUUCAAUGCUGCUAAUCCGUUGACCCUGCCCAUCAAUGGCGCGUUCGAAGCCGCCGGUGGGCGAGAGUGGCUCGUAGCGUUCUGGCAGCUGGAAGGAAAAUGGGUGGGCAUCGCACUUCCAUUCGGAAUCGUGCUGUGGAUCUUGUUCUUUUUUGACCAUAAUGUUUCGUCUCUCAUGGCGCAAGGUUCCGAGUUUCCCCUCCGCAAGCCUCCCGGUUUCCAUUACGAUUUUUUCUUGCUGGGAGUAACGACGUUCAUCGCUGGACUCAUUGGUGUUCCAGCUCCGAAUGGGUUGAUUCCUCAAGCUCCCAUUCAUACGACGUCGCUGAUAGUAAUGGGUCGGCCGGUCAAGAAGGCUGAUGAGGAAGAGCCCUACAACGAGAAGAGUCGAGCAUUGUCUAAUGCAGUCGAAGUGCCUGUCGCCGUUGUGGAGCAGCGAGUGUCCAACCUUGCUCAGGGCGCCCUGUGUCUCGUUCUGCUCACAGGCCCGUUCCUUCACAUACUGAACCUGAUUCCUCGAGGAGUUCUUGCUGGACUCUUCUGGUUCAUGGGUGCAGAUGCCCUUCGUGGAAAUGGGAUUACACAGAAAAUCCUGUACUUCUUCCGGGACAAGACUUUGACUCCUCAAGACGAACCUUUGCGUAAAGUCAGAAAGUCGCGCAUCCUCAUGUUUGUUGCUAUCCAACUUGGUGGUUUUGGGGCAACGUUUGCGAUUACUCAAACGAUAGCUGCCAUCGGAUUUCCGGUGAUUAUCUUGCUGCUCAUUCCUUUGCGCACGCUGGUCAUCCCACGAUUACCCUUUACAAGUGAAGAGCUAGCCAUUUUGGAUGGGCCAACGGCGUCUCCGUUCACAAUGGAGUCUGUUGGGGGUUCGCUAUGAAUGGUGAUCAUAGAAGAACAUUUACUUGGGCGUCUGCAAUACAUCUUGCUCACCUACUCUUACUAUUUAGAGCUCAUUGUACAACGCAGGUAGACUAUCACUAUUAGAAGCUUGUGUCUCAAGUUCAGCGCCUUGUCCAAUUCAGGGGAACAUCCAUCGAUCGACAUUCAGAGUAUCCACUUUUCACUGAGCUUCAAUUUUCAACAUUCCUACUGUGACGGUUUCUUCUCGAUGUGGAUAUUCAC